AUGGUGGACGACACCGUCACAACUCCUCCUCCACCAUCCGCCUCCUCCCCUGUUCCUCUCGGUUCCGGUGUGAUCUCUUUGGUAAACCGACUUCAAGACAUUUUCUCCCGCGUCGGAAGCCAAUCCGCAAUCAACCUACCUCAAGUUGCGGUUGUCGGCAGUCAGAGUAGCGGCAAGUCUAGCGUUCUCGAAGCUCUCGUCGGCCGUGACUUUCUUCCGCGUGGUAAUGAAAUCUGUACCCGCAGGCCUCUUGUUCUUCAGCUCGUUCGGAGUUCUGAACCGGCGGAUGAGUACGGCGAGUUCCUCCAUUUGCCUGGGAAGAGGUUUUAUGAUUUCUCAGAUAUUCGCAGGGAAAUUCAGGCUGAAACUGAUAGGGAAGCGGGAGAAAACAAGGGCGUCUCAGACAGGCAGAUUCGUUUGAAGAUUGUUUCACCAAAUGUUCUGGACAUGACACUUGUAGAUCUCCCAGCUGUCACACCGGCAAAUUCAGAUUUGGCUAAUUCCGAUGCUCUUCAGAUGGCAGGAGUGGCUGAUCCUGAGGGUAAUAGAACGAUCGGUGUAAUCACAAAGUUGGAUAUCAUGGACCGAGGUACUGACGCCCGAAAUUUGUUACAAGGAAAAGUUAUUCCCCUCCGACUUGGCUAUGUUGGCGUUGUAAAUCGUAGUCAGGAGGACAUUCAAAUGAACCGGAGUAUAAAAGAUGCUCUUGUUGCUGAAGAGAAAUUUUUCCGCAGCCGUCCUGUAUACAACGGUCUAGCAGAUAGUUGUGGUAUACCUCAACUAGCAAAGAAGUUAAACCAGAUUCUAGCACAACAUAUCAAAGCUGUGCUACCUGGGUUGAGAGCACAUAUAAGCAAUAACCUAGUUACUGUUGCAAAGGAGCAUGCGAGCUAUGGAGAAAUCACGGAGUCUAAGGCUGGUCAGGGUGCUCUUCUCCUGAACAUUCUUUCAAAAUAUUGUGAAGCAUUCUCCUCCAUGAUUGAGGGAAAGAAUGAGGAGAUGUCCACAUCCGAGUUAUCUGGUGGGGCUCGGAUUCAUUAUAUUUUUCAAUCCAUCUUUGUCAGGAGUUUAGAGGAGGUAGAUCCAUGUGAAGGCUUGACUGAUGAUGAUAUUCGUACUGCCAUACAAAACGCAACUGGGCCAAGAUCAGCAUUGUUUGUACCAGAAGUACCAUUUGAAGUCCUUGUGCGAAGGCAAAUAUCUCGUCUAUUGGAUCCAAGUCUUCAGUGUGCCAGAUUUAUAUAUGAUGAAUUAAUAAAGAUGAGCCAUCGCUGUAUGGUAACUGAACUGCAGCGGUUCCCUUUCUUACGUAAGCGCAUGGAUGAAGUUAUAGGAAACUUUUUACGGGAAGGCCUUGAACCAUCAGAGAACAUGAUUGCUCACAUCAUGGAGAUGGAGAUGGACUAUAUAAAUACGUCGCACCCAAAUUUUAUUGGUGGAAGUAAGGCAUUAGAAAUUGCAGUACAACAGACCAAAUCUUCUAGGGCUGCCUUAUCAGUUUCUAGGCCAAAGGAUGCUCUGGAAUCUGAUAAGGGAUCAGCCUCUGAAAGAAGUGUGAAGUCUCGGGCUAUUCUUGCAAGACAAGCUAAUGGAGUUGCUGAUUCGGCUGUCCGUGCUGUAUCAGAUGCCGAAAAAGUUGCAGCUUCUGGAAACAUUGGUGGAUCAAGCUGGGGUAUCUCAUCCAUUUUUGGUGGAGGUGGUGAUAAGUCUGUGAAGGAGAGUGCUGCUAGUAAACAACAAGCUGAACCAUUUCAUAGCAUGGAACAAUCAUUUUCUAUGAUUCAUUUGACAGAGCCACCUCCUAUCUUGAGGCCUUCCGAUAGUAAUUCAGAGACGGAAACUGUUGAAAUUACAGUCACAAAGUUGCUUUUGAAAUCCUACUAUGACAUUGUCAGGAAAAACGUUGAGGAUCUCAUCCCCAAAGCAAUUAUGCACUUCUUGGUAAACAACACCAAGAGAGAGCUACACAAUGUCUUCAUUAAAAAGCUAUACAGAGAUAACCUGUUUGAAGAGAUGUUGCAAGAACCUGAUGAGGUAGCCUUGAAAAGAAAGCGUUGUAGAGAACUUCUCCGAGCUUAUCAGCAAGCAUUUAAGGACUUGGAGGAGCUGCCCAUGGAAGCUGAAACUGUUGAAAGAGGAUACAGUUUACCUGAAACAAAUGGUCUGCCAAAAAUUCAUGGACUACCAACGUCAUCAAUGUAUUCAUCAAGUAGUAUUGGAGAUUAUUAUGGAGCUUCUCCUAAGCACCAUAAAUCAAAAAGGUCUUCUCAUUCUGGGGAACUUCAAUCUCCAUUUUAUGCUAAUGCAGAUUCCAAUGGAAAUGGGAAACAAUCCGCCUCAGGUUUUUAUCCCACGCUUGAUACAUAG